UUGCCGGGAGCCCGCCUGGCCGAGCUGAGUGAGGCAGCGGGUUCAGCAGGGGCCAUGGAGCUGCUUAAGCUAAACCGGAGCGUGCUGGGACCCGGACCCGGGCCAGGGGCUUCCCUGUGCCGCCCAGGUGGUCCCCUCCUCAACAGCAGCAGUGCGGGCAACCUCAGCUGCGAGCCCCCUCGCAUCCGCGGAGCCGGGACAAGAGAAUUGGAGCUGGCCAUUAGAGUCACCCUUUAUGCUGUGAUCUUUCUGAUGAGUGUUGGAGGGAAUGUUCUCAUCAUUGUGGUCCUGGGACUGAGCCGCCGCCUGAGAACUGUCACCAAUGCCUUCUUGCUCUCACUAGCAGUCAGCGACCUUCUGCUAGCUGUGGCUUGCAUGCCCUUCACCCUCCUGCCCAAUCUUAUGGGCACAUUCAUUUUUGGCACAGUCAUCUGCAAGGCAGUUUCAUACCUCAUGGGGGUGUCUGUGAGUGUGUCCACGCUGAGUCUUGUGGCCAUCGCCCUGGAGCGGUACAGCGCCAUCUGCCGACCACUGCAGGCACGGGUGUGGCAGACACGCUCCCAUGCAGUUCGUGUGAUCUUAGCCACGUGGCUGCUGUCUGGCCUGCUCAUGGUACCCUACCCUGUGUACACUGCUGUGCAGCCAGUUGGACCUCGUGUGCUACAGUGUGUGCAUCGCUGGCCCAGUGCACGGGUGCGCCAGACCUGGUCGGUACUGCUGCUCCUGCUCUUGUUCUUUGUCCCAGGUGUGGUUAUGGCAGUGGCCUAUGGGCUUAUCUCCCGCGAGCUCUACUUAGGGCUUCGCUUUGAUGGUGAGAGUGACAACGAGAGCCAAAACCGGGUCCGAAGUCAAGGAGGGCUGCCGGGUGGGGCUGGACCUGGUCCUGUCCACCAGAAUGGGCGUUGCCAGCAUGAACCUGGCCUGACUGGUGAGGACAGCGAUGGCUGCUACGUGCAACUUCCACGUUCCCGUCCUGCAUUAGAGCUGACCACUCUGACUGCGCCUACUGCUGGGUCAGGACCUGGCCCCCGGCCCACCCAGGCCAAGCUGCUGGCCAAGAAGCGUGUGGUGCGAAUGUUGCUGGUGAUUGUUGUGCUUUUUUUUCUGUGUUGGUUGCCAGUGUACAGCGCCAACACGUGGCGUGCCUUUGAUGGCCCAGGUGCACACCGGGCACUCUCAGGGGCCCCCAUCUCUUUCAUCCACUUGCUAAGCUAUGCUUCGGCCUGUGUCAACCCCCUCGUCUACUGCUUCAUGCACCGUCGCUUUCGCCAGGCCUGCUUGGACACAUGUGCCCGCUGCUGCCCGAGGCCUCCAAGAGCUCGCCCCAAGCCUCUUCCAGAUGAAGACCCUCCUACCCCUUCCAUUGCUUCCCUGUCCAGGCUGAGCUACACCACCAUCAGCACCCUGGGGCCUGGCUGAGGGUUAGCAGGAGUGCAGGCUGAGGCAGGACAGACAAACCCUUAAAGCACAAGAUCCCAUCCAUACGCACAAUAAAUACAAACCAAACUGACACCCAAUGGCAUGGACUAGCCCCAACACACAGGAGGUAUCUCUCUUGACACAAAGGAAACAGGAGCCAAACUUAUACAGAAAAAGGAGGCAUAGUUCCAUUGUAGGAUGGAGCUUCACCCUAGAAACAUGGUGAUGACCUUGGACAGGCAGACACAUCAUCCCUAACAGGGAAAUAUCCCUGUGCAAUGGAAACUUUGACAAGAGCUGACCUGCCCCUCACACACACACUGUGUGUGUGAUGGCUCUGAUUCUUUAGAGGCUAUGGAACCUGGAGUGACUCUGUAUGUUCUAGACUUCCCCCAGUUUGACCUCACAAUACCUUUCCUCAACCAGCACUGAAAAUAUCAACAGGACAAUUCUUACAUCUCCCUGAUCAACAGGCUAUUUAACACUGAAAAGUACUUCAUCUCUUUCCAGUUAAGGACUAUGGCUCUGCCUCCUCCCCCGUCACCAGGCUUCUUUUAUAAAAAAUAAUAAUAAUAAUAAUAAUAAUAAUAAUAAACAACUUGGCUUCCUCCUAGACUUCCUUUCUGGACUUUUUCAGAGGCAAGUGAGGAGGUGUGGAAUUUUGUGAAGUCCUCCCUGUCACAUCCCUUCCAUAGCUUCACACUCCUUAGUACCACCCUAUGUCCAAAAACCCUUGAUCUGAGGCUAGAUAGGACUGGGUAUAAUCUCUCUGGUUUAUCCUCCUGGACCUACCUACACUCUGGUGUCACAGUAACUGGGUGUAGGUGUAGGAGGUGGGAUAUCUAUGACAUGUCAUGAUUCCAUUGUAAAGGGAUUAUAUUCAUGGAUGCUUAUUAAAAUUCUGAUGAAAAGAUAAAAGAGGAAGUUCUGCAUAAUAAGACUCCACUUAUUCAAGGAACACCAGGGAUCAGACCAUGACAGGCGUAUAGAAAUUAAAGAGUGGGGCCUUUUCUAUGGCAUGCUUGCCAUCCUCCAGCAUCAGAACCUGGCCAACAUCCACUUAAUGAAAUCUCCCUUACUGGCUACAAUCAAGAGGCCUAAGAGCAGGGGCUGUG